UGCAGUAAUUGUCUAAUCAAUCAUUGCUGCCACAUAAAAAAAUCAUUACAUAUCAUUUGCCACAAAAAUGAUUUCAGAAGUUGGAUCUAAGAUUAUUCUCACAAUCAUCACCUACUGGUCAUGGUGGUGGGAAGUCCCCAACCAACAAGACAAGUUUGCUCGGACUGUACUAACAGUUCUAGUUCCGUCGUCACUCAUAUUUGUAUGGUACAAAUGGAGGUUAUCUUCUUCCAGGAAGGCUCACUUGCCUCCAGGACCCUACGGCUUACCGGUUAUAGGCUACCUCCCCUUUCUCAGCUCCAACUUGCAUGAAAAAUUCACCGAGAUUGCUCACAAAUAUGGCCCUAUCUUCAGCCUGCAGCUUGGAAGUAAGCUUCAUGUUGUGGUUAACUCCAUGGACCUAGCAAAGGCUGUGGCUCGUGAGCAGGACAACACAUUUGCUAAUCGUAAUCCUCCAAUCACAGGACUAAUCAUAACGUAUGGUGGUAUGGACCUUGUAUGGUCCAACAACAACACACACUGGCGUAACAUGCGUAAGCUUUUAGCCAGCCAAGUGCUCAGCAACGCGAAUUUAAACGCGUCUCAAAGUCUGAGAACACAUGAAGUAAGAAAGGCAGUGAAUGAAGUUUACAACAAAAUCGGUACAAAGAUUGAUAUUAACAAAACUGCUUUUGAUACAGAACUAAAUGUUGUAACCAAUAUGUUAUGGGGUUGUAGCAAAUCUGAUGAAGGGGGUGAUUUUGGUGAAAUGUUGGAAGGGUUUCAAGAAGUUGAGUCCAAGAUUAUCGAGUUAAUUGGAAAGCCAAACAUCUCUGAUUUUAUCCCAUUUUUGUCACGGUUUGAUCUGCAGGGUAUGAACAAAGAAAUGCAGAGGCAAUUGGAACAAGUUGAACGGAUUUUUAACUAUAUUAUUGACAGGAGAAUCAAACUCAAAUCUAGCAAAGUCGAUGAAACUUAUGAAGGAGAUGGAAGGAAGGACUUUCUUGAGAUCUUGUUAGAUCUCAAAGACCAGAAAAAUGAUCCAGAAUCAUUUAACAUCAUUCAUAUUAAGGCCUUACUAAUUAACAUAGUGGUUGCGGCAACAGACACAACCUCAACAAUGGCGGAAUGGGUUAUGGCAGAGAUUUUAAAUAAUCCAGAUGUAAUGAAAAAGGUUCAAGACGAAUUAACAGAGGUUAUUGGUGUGAAUAGUAUUGUGGAAGAAUCCCAUUUUCCGAAAUUAAGAUAUUUGGAUGCAGUGAUCAAGGAGACAUUCAGACUACACCCUCCCCUUCCUUUCCUGGUCCAUAGAUGCCCAGAUGAAUCUUGCAAAGUUGGAGGCUACACAAUCCCAAAGGGUACUAUCGUCUAUAUUAACGUUUGGGCAAUCCAACGGGAUCCCGAAAACUGGACCAAUCCAUUGGAGUUCAAGCCCGAGAGAUUCUUAAACCAAAAAUGGGAUUAUAAUGGAAAUAAUUUCAAGUUUUUACCAUUUGGAUCAGGGAGAAGAAUCUGCCCUGGGCUCCCCCUUGGAGAGAAGAUGUUGGUGUAUAUAUUAGCAUCUCUCUUGCACUCUUUCGAGUGGAGCUUGCCUAAAGAUGAAGAAUUCGAGCUUUCUGAUGAGUUUGGAUUUGUGACAAAGAAAAGGAAACCAUUAAUAGCCAUACCCUCUCAAAGGUUAUCUGAUGCAAGCCUCUACUUCUAAUAGGAAAUAAGUUGUAUGUUGCUUUUUUCUUUUGAACUUGAUAAGUGGAUAUUCAUCCACAACUCUUGAUUGUGCGUUUUUUUUUCGUUUUGGUGUAUGGUAGUGUAUGCCUACAUCCAUCUCAAGUUAUGGUGCAUUAGUUAUGAUAUGAUUUGUCAUAUUUUAUGAUUGUUUUCUGUCGAUUAUAUAUGACCACAACUAUGUUUCAUA